GUAUUAGGUGUAUACGCUGACUAGAUUUUUGGCGUCCAAUAACUUACAAAGAAGAGUAUAUACUUUUUCCAUAUUUAUUUUUGUUUCCAUAUUUAUUGUUUAUACUUAUUACUACGGCAUGAACUAAUCCCAAGAAUCGCUUCUUUGAUAUAGUAUCAAGAAUUUCGCUCCCGCUAAAAUAUCUACCUAUAUUGGACCUUGCUAGGUAGGGUCUUUAUUUAACACACCUAUGAAACGGUCUCACAAACAACUUAAUGUCAGUAUAAAACUUCUUAUUGCUAAUUACGGGAUCGGCUGAAAUAAGAUAUAAAGUAAAAAAAAAAAACAAGUGGAGUAAUUUAAUUGAUUUUUCAUAUAAUGCAACUGUCAUUACUUUAGUUACGUAACACGUCCUGUCAUAUAUAUUCAAGCAGGAUAUCUGUAUCUGAUUUCGGUUUACGUCGCAUCAGCCAAUGUAUGACCCGAUACGCGGAAUUUCUAGGGGGAGGGGGAGAGGGACAGUGGUCAUCACUAUUGGGCCCGAUCUACUCACAUAAAUACACGCGUAUGUCAUACAAAAGUUUGUUCGAACAUUGUAUUGAUAACCAAAAUAGAAGUUUUGUGACGUAUGCAGGUUCCCCCGUUAUUAUUCAUGGAACAACUGCAAUAUAUUUGUGCAUCAUUCGCAGAUAAUAGCAACACGUCAUUAUUAUAUUUUUAUUAAUAACCAACUAUAUAUAUAUAUAUAUAUAUAUAUACGUAUGUAAUCGUUACUAAUAAAAAAAACUUCUUUGAGCGAUUGUUCCCUAAGGCACCAAAGCGGGACACCAUCCAUCAUCCGAAGUGCCUCACGUCUACCACUUCAAUAAAUAGCCUGUUUUGUCAAAUGACUUCAGCCCAUUUAUCGUCCGAUAUAAAAAAAUAAGUAUUACUUUAGGAGCCGUCUCGCCCAGCAUUGGCGGCGAGCAUCCGCCGGAAGCUUCUGGAACUUCCAAAUAGAUCAGGAGUGGCACCCUCCUUCCAAUCCAUCGCUGUUAGCCAUAGCAGUAUUCAACCGGCCAACUCGUCCUCGCUGCAGCUGCGUUGAUCGUCGCAUUGCGGGAAAUUCGGAGAUGCAUCUGAAGCCCAGUCCUCUUUGUUACUACUGCCGCCACUUCCACUUCUGAACACUGAAUAACAGGUGGAUCUGUUCAGGUGAAGUUCUGUAUUCUCAUCUGUUUCAUCGUGUAGUUGAUUCUGAUCGCAAGAAUGAUGCAGUUAUUACCGCGUGGUGUUACGGCUGCUUCUCGUCUGCUGAUUCAGGCUCCUCGUACCUUGACAGCAGCAUCAGCGCCGGUUAUAAAGGCUCGAGUGUUGAUCUCCUUUGUCUUAUUGGCCUUCGCUAAUGGAGUAACCGAGGGAAAACAGUGCGCAUGUUUGCCAUACUGGGAAUGCAUCGUGACUGGAGGUGCUGCCAUAGGCUAUUGUGACCAGGUUACGUCAAACGUCUGCUGUUCGUUUGGAAACGACGACAAUAACAGCGUUACCGACCAGAUUUUUAAACCUGAAAAAGCUCUCAAUGAACCUCAAAAUGAUCUCGAGCAAGAAAGACCAGCAACAGAAGCACCGCAAUUGACGGCGAACCCCCAUCAUCCGCCAAUCUUAUCUACGUCUGCAUCGCCCCCACCGCCCGUUCGACUUUUUGGUGAUCAAAUAACCCGACCGGUUAUUAGUUCCGCUCUGGCCCGUUCUGUACCGGUAAAACGCCUCGUUACGCAGGUCUCACAAGUUGGUGACUUUGACGAAGACCGCUCGAAACUGGAUGCUUUUCCAGCAGGAGUGACUAUUAGACCUGGGACGAAUCGUGUUCCCACUAGACUGGUUUCAUCGACAAUGAGCCCACCUAAUAUUUUAUUAAACAAUCAUAUCAUUGUCAGAAGGAGGCAGUUCAGCGAUGGUCUUAAAGGUUCAGAUCCAACGAUUGGUCCGUUGUACGAAGUGGUGACUACGAGUGGAGGCCAGCAUGUACUCUUGCGUUUAUCCAGGCCGCCAAUAAGGAGAUUACAACCGGUCGGAGAGACAGUCGAGUUGCCACAAGGAAGACACAUUCUUAAAAUAGUUCAGACGCCAGGAGAAAUUACACAGUUGAGCCUGCAAUCGAUACCCACUCAAGAACCUGACACUCAGCAGGCAGCGACCUCUCGCGAAGAAGGUAACAGCACAGUACCACAGAUAAAAUCCAGAAAAACGUUCAGCUUUAGGCCACAUCGAGCUCCGUCAUCUCAACAACUCAGCGCACACGAGAGAAACACCGAUCACGAAGAAACAGCUACCCCGGAACUCCCGCCUGCUGUCCGCCAAGGAUCUCCCGGACGAGAGGUCACGCUCCCGUUUAAGCCAUCGCAAACCAUGCUAGGCUCACGAGUAUCACGAGCGAGGGUAUUCGCAUUUUCAGAAUCAAGUCAACCAGUGCCGUCAUCAGGUGAUGGACUUGAGUUUGUCGAAAAACCACGGUUCUCAUUCAGAGAUACGAAGCAGCGAGGAAACUAAAAUGGUCCAUCAUAUACUU